AUGACAGAAGACUUCUCCCUUCACCCUUGCGAGGAAAAGCUCUCCAUCUUAUCCGAGAUUGCCGAUUUUGCUGCUUGGCUUAAAGGAGAUCCGCGUAACAACAUCGGGAUGAUGAACGCGAUACUGUUCUGCUUCUUCUUCUUCUUCUUCUUCUUCUUCUUCUCCGAGCUGGGAUUCCCCUCCUCUUUAUACAAAACGGAAUCUGUGAGAGGCUCGCUCAGCUCGGAUGUGUCCAUUAUGGUCAAAUUCUACCCAUCCGGUAUUCUUCCAGUGCCAGGCAGAUACUUCAUCGCCAUGUAG